AUGCACCCGCCGAGAGAAAAUGCGCGCUCACGGGUUGUCUGCGCACGAGAUGAUACGUGCCCGCCGGCUGCCCGUGUGGAAGAUGACACGCGGGAGAUGGCGAGCGCCUGCCAGUCACCUGUGCUGGGGGAUGGUGUGCGCCCACCAAACGCCCGCACAGAAGAGAAGACGCGUGCCCCGCCACCUUCAGAGCCAGCUUCCCACGGCCACCUGGACCUCACUGAGCUCAUCGGUGUCCCGCUGCCCUCCUCAGUGUCCUUUGUCACUGGCUACGGUGGCUUCCCGGCCUAUAACUUCCAGCCCGGUGCCAACAUAGGCCGACCGGCCCGGACCCUCAUCCCACCCAUCUUCUUCAGGGACUUUGCCAUCAGCGUCACGGUGAAGCCCAGUGGCAGCCAUGGCGGCGUGCUCUUUGCCAUCACAGACGCCUUCCAGAAGGUCAUCUACCUGGGCCUGCGGCUCUCGGGCGUGCAGGACGGCUUCCAGCGCCUCAUCCUCUACUACACGGAGCCUGGCUCCCCCGUGUCCCACGAGGCGGCCGUCUUUGCAGUGCCUGUGAUGACGCACAGAUGGAACCGCUUUGCCGUCAUCGUCCAAGGCGAGGAGGUGAUGUUGCUCAUGGACUGUGAAGAGCACAGCAGCGUCCCCUUCCAGCGGUCCUCCCGGGCCUUGAACAUUGAGCCCAGUGCGGGCGUCUUCGUGGGCAAUGCGGGAGCCACAGGCCUGGAGAGAUUCACUGGCUCCAUUCAGCAGCUCACCAUCCACCCCGACCCCAGGGCCCCUGAGGAGCUGUGUGAAGCCGAAGAGUCCUCGGCCUCAGGAGAGUCGAGCGGCCUUCAGGAGGUGGACAGCGUCGCUGAGAUCCUGGACGCUGUCACUUACACUCAUGCCCCGCCUAGAGAAGCAAAAGCAGAACCCAUAAACACACCUCCAACCCCAUCCCCUCCUUCAGAGGAAGCAGAACUUUCUGGUGAACCAGUGCCUGAGGAGACCCCAGAAUCCACCAACUUGAGUGUCGCUGUGCACAGCUUCUUUGAGCAAGGGUCUGGGGACAUCCUGAAUGACACACUGGAGGGCAUUCACACUGUGGAUGAUGGACUCAUAACAGACGGUGGCUCGGGGGAUGGAACCUUUCCUAGUGUCAUAAACCAGGAUUUGCAUUCUGAAGAAGGUUCAACGGCAACAACAGCAGCUGGGGAGACAGAGGGGCCCGUCAACACCACCUGGGAAGCAGAGACUGGCAGUGUGUCCCCUGAGGGACCAGUCCUCUCCAUGUCCACCGAGAAGCCUGGGGCAUGGAUCACUCCAAAUCCAGAGAAUGAGGAAAGUUUAACAGUAUCAGCAACAGGGGAGGCCGAGGUGCCUGUCAGCCGUGUUGGGGAAGUAGAGACUGCCAGUGUGACUUCCCAGGAGCCCACCAUCUCCAUGUUCUCCGAGAACCCACGGGAAGGGACUACUCUGGGCCCUGAUGGGGAAGAAAGCUGGACAACAGCUACAGCUACCAAGGAAUUACCACUCAGUACCGGUGAAGAGGACAUCGACGGGGUCCCCACAGAGGGCCUGGCCCUCCUCACUCCCACACCAGCCCCUGGCCAAGGGGAUACUUUGGGUCCUGGCCAUGAAGCAGCAGAGGUAUCAGCAGCGACAGAGGAGCCCGUUACCACCACUCGGGGAGAAGAGUCUGGAAGUGCGCCCCCUGGUGUCUCUCCGCUCCCUGUACCCACAGUGUCUCCUGUGAGAACAGUCACCCCUAGUGAUGCUGGAGAAGGACUUUCUGGCUCCCCUGAUCCUACUGAACCUACUGGACCCACAGUGGGAGCUGAAGCUGAGGGUUCGGGCCUGGACUGGAGCUCUGGUUUAGGCUCUGGCUCUGAUGUCCUGGUGCCCAGUAAGGAGCUACUGAGAGGUCCCCCAGGCCCACCAGGCCCACCUGGCUCACCUGGGAUUCCUGGAAAACCAGGAACUGAUGUUUUCAUGGGACCUCCUGGAUCUCCCGGGGAGGAUGGAGCUGCUGGGGAACCUGGGCCUCCGGGCCCAGAAGGAAAGCCUGGACCUGAUGGAGCCUCAGGCCAACCCGGGAUGAAGGGCCAGAAGGGAGCAAGAGGGCCUAAUGGCUCCAUUGGUGAAAAGGGUGACCCCGGCAACAGAGGCUUACCAGGGCCCCCAGGCAAGAAUGGGCAAGUUGGCACCCCGGGUCCUGUGGGACCUCCAGGGCCUCCUGGACCACCUGGACCCCCAGGCCCUGGAUGUGACAUAGAAUAUGGAUCCGAGGAUACCGAAGGCUCUGGCAGUGUCAGGCUGUUGAGUCAAUCCAGACUCCCCCGACCAACGGCUUCAAGCGGUCUUAAAGGAGAAAAAGGAGCCCGAGGACCCAAGGGUGACAGGGGAUUGGAUGGAGUUGGCAAGGUGGGACCCCCUGGACCUCGGGGGCCACCAGGACGCAUCGAGAUCUUGCCCAGCGCUUUGAUCAACGUCACCCUGGGAUUCAUGAAUUUCUCUGACAUUCCCGAGCUCAUUGGACCUCCGGGGCCAGAAGGCAUACCUGGGCUGCCAGGAUUUCCAGGCCCUCAAGGACCAAAAGGUGACACUGGUGAGCCUGGAUUUCCAGGACUGAAAGGCGAGCAGGGUGAGAAGGGAGAACCUGGUGCCAUCCUGAGUGGGGACAUUCCUGUGGAAAGGCUGAAGGGGAAGAAGGGUGAGCCUGGAACACACGGGACCCCAGGGCCAAUGGGGCCCAAAGGACCACCAGGACAUAAAGGAGAAUUUGGCUUUCCUGGACGACCUGGUCGCCCAGGACUGAAUGGCCUCAAGGGCGCCAAAGGAGAUCGAGGAAUCAUGAUGCCAGGCCCACCUGGCUUACCUGGUCCUCCAGGCCCCCCAGGAAAACCUGGAGCUGUGAUUAACAUCAAAGGAGCUGUUUUCCCAGUACCUGCCCGGCCACACUGCAAAAUACCCAUUGACGCCCCUCAUGCUGGGAAUACAGAACUCCUCACGUUCCAUGGUAUUAAAGGAGAAAAGGGUUCCUGGGGUCUUCCUGGCUCAAAAGGAGAAAAGGGUGACCAGGGAGCCCAGGGACCACCAGGUCCUCCCAUUGAUCCAUCUUAUCUGAGACAUUUUCUGAACAGUUUGAAGGGAGAAAAUGGAGAAAGGGGCUUCAAAGGAGAAAAAGGAGAAUCAAGUGUCAAUUACUUUAUGUCUGGGCCUCCAGGCUUGCCAGGAAGCCCGGGCCUAAUUGGUCAGAAAGGAGAGACGAUCAUCGGGCCCCAAGGACCCCCAGGAGCUCCUGGCCUACCUGGACCUCCUGGUUUUGGAAGACCAGGCACCCCUGGGCCACCAGGACCCCCAGGACCACCGGGACCUCCUGCUAUCCUGGGAGCAGCUGUGGCUCUUCCAGGACCUCCUGGCCCUCCAGGACAGCCAGGCCUCCCUGGAUCCAGAAACCUGGUCACAGCGUUCAGCAACAUGGACGAUAUGCUGCAGAAAGCGCAUUUGGUUAUAGAAGGAACAUUCAUCUACCUGCGGGACAGCACUGAGUUUUUCAUACGUGUCAAAGACGGCUGGAAAAAAUUACAGCUGGGAGAAUUGAUCCCCAUUCCUGCCGACAGCCCACCACCCCCGGCGCUUUCUGGCAACCCACAUCGGUAUCAUCCUCAGCCUCCACUGAUGCCUGUUUUAAGUGCCAAUUAUGAGCAGCCUGCAUUGCACUUGGUUGCUUUGAACAUGCCAUUUUCUGGGGACAUUCGAGCUGAUUUUCAGUGCUUCCAGCAGGCCAGGGCUGCAGGACUGUUGUCCACCUACCGGGCAUUCCUGUCCUCCCAUUUGCAAGAUCUGUCCACAAUUGUAAGGAAAGCAGAGAGAUACAACCUUCCAAUAGUGAAUCUCAAGGGCCAAGUGCUUUUUAAUAAUUGGGACUCAAUUUUUUCUGGCCAUGGAGGUCAGUUCAAUACUCAUGUUCCAAUAUAUUCCUUUGAUGGCCGGGACGUGAUGACAGACCCUUCUUGGCCCCAAAAGAUUGUCUGGCAUGGCUCCAACACCCAUGGGGUCCGGCUGGUGGAUAACUAUUGUGAAGCAUGGCGGACCGCAGACUUGGCCGUCACAGGAUUGGCCUCUCCACUGAACACGGGAAAGAUUCUGGACCAGAAAGCAUAUAGUUGUGCUAGUAGACUAAUUGUUCUGUGUAUAGAAAACAGCUUCAUGACCGACGCCAGGAAGUAA